CUUUUCACCAUGAUCCCCUGCAGAGCAGCGCUCUCUUUUGCCCGAUGUCUGAUCCGGAGAAAAAUCGUCGUCAUGGACGGCCUAGAAGAUUCCAAAUUAAGCCGUUGCUUAUCCACCAUGGACCUCAUUGCCCUGGGGGUUGGAAGCACCCUCGGUGCCGGGGUUUAUGUCCUGGCCGGGGAGGUGGCCAAGUCGGAUUCAGGCCCCAGCAUCGUCCUUUCCUUCCUCAUCGCCGCCCUGGCUUCGGUGAUGGCCGGCCUCUGCUACGCUGAAUUUGGGGCCCGUGUUCCCAAGACGGGGUCCGCGUAUCUGUACACGUACGUUACCGUUGGAGAGCUGUGGGCCUUCAUCACCGGCUGGAACCUCAUUUUAUCCUAUGUGAUAGGUACGUCGAGUGUUGCAAGAGCUUGGAGUGGCACCUUUGAUGAACUUCUGAACAAACAGAUUGGCCAGUUUUUCAGGACGUACUUCAAUAUCAAUUAUACCGGCCUUGCAGAGUAUCCGGACUUCUUUGCUGUCUUCCUCAUAUUGCUUCUAUCGGGUCUUCUGUCUUUCGGGGUAAAAGAGUCUGCUUGGGUGAACAAAAUCUUCACAGCUGUCAACAUCCUGGUCCUUCUCUUUGUUAUGAUUGCUGGGUUUGUGAAAGGAAACGUGGCAAACUGGAAGAUUAGUGAAGAAUUUCUCAAGAAUAUAUCAGCAACUGCCAGAGAGCCACCUUCUGAAAAUGGAACAAGUCUCUAUGGGGCCGGUGGCUUCAUGCCGUACGGCAUUGCGGGAACGUUGGCCGGGGCUGCAACCUGCUUUUAUGCCUUUGUGGGAUUUGACUGCAUUGCAACAACUGGUGAAGAGGUCCGGAAUCCUCAGAAAGCUAUUCCUAUCGGAAUUGUGACUUCUCUGCUUGUUUGCUUUAUGGCCUAUUUUGGGGUCUCUGCCGCUUUAACACUUAUGAUGCCGUACUACCUCCUCGAUGAAAAGAGCCCCCUUCCUGUAGCAUUUGAGUACGUCGGAUGGGGUCCUGCCAAAUACGUCGUGGCUGCGGGCUCCCUCUGCGCAUUGUCAGCAAGUCUUCUUGGAUGCAUUUUCCCAAUGCCUCGUGUAAUCUAUGCUAUGGCGGAGGAUGGGUUGCUUUUCAAAUGUCUAGCUCAAAUCAAUUCCAAAACGAAGACACCAAUAAUUGCUACUUUAUCAUCGGGUGCGGUGGCAGCGGUGAUGGCGUUUCUUUUUGACCUGAAGGCACUCGUGGACAUGAUGUCCAUCGGCACUCUCCUGGCCUACUCUCUGGUCGCAGCCUGCGUCCUCAUCCUCAGGUACCAGCCCAGUCUGUCGUACGAGCAGCCCAGAUAUUCUCCUGAGAAAGAAGCUCUGGAGUCGUGCGCCGGGGCGGACUCGGAAAGCGCAUCCCAGGUCACCAUGCUGCAGGGACAGGGUUUCAGCCUGCAGACUCUCUUCAGCCCCUCGGCUCUGCCCACAAAGCAGUCGGCUUCUCUCGUGAGCUUCCUGGUAGGAUUCCUGGCCUUUCUCGUGUUGGGCCUGAGCAUUUUGACCACGUACGGGGUCCAGGCCAUCGCCAGGCGGGAAGCAUGGAGUGUGGCUCUCCUGGUGCUGUUUCUCGUCCUCUGCAUCGCCAUCGUCUUCAUCAUCUGGAGGCAGCCCCAGAACCAGCAUAAAGUAUCCUUUAUGGUCCCGUUCUUACCGUUUCUGCCAGCGUUCAGCAUCCUGGUGAACAUUUACUUGAUGGUCCAGCUGAGCGCGGAGACUUGGAUCAGAUUUAGCAUUUGGAUGGCACUUGGUUUCCUGAUUUACUUCACUUACGGCAUUCGACACAGCCUGGAGGGGACUUCAAGGGAUGAAGAUGAAGACGAAGAUUCGUAUUCAGACAACAUUAACGCAGCAACCGAAGAGAAAGCUGCCAUUCAAGCAAAUGACCAUCACCAGAGAAACCUCAGUUUACCUUACAUACUCAAUGAAAAGACGAGCGAAUGCUAACGCUUGUAGGAGCCGAACAGGUCAU